UUCCUGUGGAGUGAUGCGCUCAGCUCUUUUCUUCUCUGCUGCUGGUCAUAGUAGUUUGAAGUUAUAUUCAGCUGUAACAGCUCGGUAAACGUUGAUGAACGGAAGAGAAGUGGAGACAGCAGCUUAAACAGCACCUGGAUGCAGAGGAGGAAGAAAUGUCGGAGGGUUUUGGAAGUAGCGCAGCUCUCGAACAGGAAAAACCUGAAGGAAACCAAGUCUUAGAUGCAGCUUUCAGUCCCAACCAACUGCAUAUUAUAGUGGUUCCUGCAGAUGUUCAGAAGUCAGUGCUGAUUAAAGAAGCUCCUGAAGAACAGUGGCCUGAUGUGGACCAGCAGGGCUUAAAUUGCCUCCACAUCAAAGAGGAAGAACAGUGGACCAGUCUUGGGGUAGAGCCACUCAAUGUGAAGGAAGAGACAGAUGUCACCAGCUUUUCAUUCACUACAGUUCAUUUGAAGAGUGAGGAAGAUGAAGAGAAGCCUCUGUUCUCACAGCUUCAUCAACACCAAGAUGAAGUCAGCAAUAUUCUGACCAGCAGCUCAGCUGACCACAUAGAAUCAGCAACUGGUGGAGGGUCCUGUGGAGGAGGAAAAACUACAAAAAAUCCAGAUCUAAAUAGUUGUGAAGACAAUUCUGACUCUUCAGAAACUGAAGUUAGUGAGGAUGAUGAUGAUGUGAAUAAUCCUGACUCUCACGAGAAACACUUAUCAGACUUUAGGUCAAAAACUGAAGACACUGAUAAAAACUGGGAGUCUUUUCCCAGCAGCAUCCCUGAGGUUUUUUGA